AUGCUUUGGAUAAGAUUCGAUAUGAAUCACUUACUAAUUCUUCAAAACUUGAUAACGGGCACAACCUUUAUAUCCAAAUCAUUCCUGAUAAAAAAAAUAACAUUCUUAUGUUACGGGAUACUGGAAUUGACAUGACCAAGGCCGAACUUGUGAAUAAUCUUGGUACUAUUGCUCGUUCAGGUACUAAGAAUCUCAUUGAAGCUUUGCAAUAUGGAGCUGACAUUUCUAUGAUUGGUCAGUUUGGUGUUGGUUUCUAUUCUGCCUACUUGGUUGCAGACCGUGUUCAAGUAAUCACAAAGCACAAUGAUGACGAACAGUAUAUUUGGGAAUUGUCAGCCAGUAAAUCAUUCACCAUCACCAGUGAUACAGAUAAUGAACUAAUUGGCCGAGGCACACUUAUUAAAUUGUUCCUCAAAGAAGAUCAAUUAUUGGAAUACCUUGAAGAACAUAAUAUUAAAGAGGUUGUAAAAAAACACUCCGAAAAUUCUGAUGAUAUUAAACAUGAAGAAUAUGCUGCAUUCUACAAGUCUCUAACUAAUGAUUGUGAGGAACAUUUGGUCGUUAAGCAUUUCUCCGUCGAAG